UUGUGUGAUGCUUUUGAAAGGAAUAGAGAGCUUUGAGAGGGCACAUAUAUACAAUAACCAAUUUUAAUUAAUUACUUCAUCUUAAUCUCUUGGGAUUUUCAAGAGAAACUCUUCAAAAAAUCAUCUUUCUUUUUCAUCUUUCUUUAGACACACACACAUAUAUAUAAUAUACUCAGAGAUCAGGUAUAAUAAAUAUAUAUAUAUAUAUAGCUUCAUCAUCUCUCUCAUACAUAUAUGGACUCUGCUAAUCUCCAUCAGCUUCAUCAAGAUCAAUUACAGCUUGUGGGGUCUUCUUCUUCUUCUUCUUCCUUAGACAAUAACUCUGACCCUUCUUGCUAUGGAGCUUCUACUGCCCAUCAAUGGAGCCCAGGAGGUAUUUCUUUGAAUAGUGUGAGCUUGAGUCAUAACUAUAACAAUGAGAUGUUAAACGCAAGAGAUCACAACAGCAACAACACAAGUGAAUGCAUGAGUCUCUCCACCAUCCACAAUCACUCCUUGAUCCAACAACAAGACUUUCCUUUACAAUGGCCUCAUCAUGACCAAUCUUCAUAUCAUCAUCAUGAAGGACUUCUCAAGAUCAAAGAAGAACUUUCCUCAUCAUCUAUCUCAGACCAACAAGAAGGCUUAUCCAAGUUCACAGACAUGUUGAACAGUCCAGUGAUCACAAACUACUUGAAGAUCAAUGAACACAAAGAUUACACUGAGAAGCUUCUUCUCAAGACUAUAUCUUCUGGAUUCCCCACCAAUGGAGACUAUUGUAGCAGUAUUCCCUCUUCUUCUUCUUCCUCUUCCCCUUCAUCUCAUAGAGGCAAUUUCAGUCAGAUUUACCCGAGCGUAAACAUAUCGAGCUUGAGCGAGUCUAGGAAGAUGAGCAUGGACAUGAGUAACAUCCCGAGACCAUUUGAUAUGAACAUGCAGGUGUUUGAUGGAAGAUUGUUUGAAGGGAAUGUCUUAGUUCCUCCUUUAAAUUCUCAAGAGAUUAGUAAUCUUGGGAUGAGCAGAGGAGGCUUUCCUCCUUUUGGCCUCCCUUUUCAUCAUCAUCUUCAGCAAACACUUCACCAUCCUUCUUCGUCCCCUACUCAUCAAAUGGAAAUGUUCAGCAACGAACCUCAAACAAGUGAAGGGAAGAGACAUAACUUCUUGAUGGCAACAAAAGCAGGCGAAAAUGCUUCCAAGAAACCGCGCGUGGAAUCACGCUCAUCUUGCCCACCCUUCAAGGUGAGGAAAGAGAAGUUAGGAGACAGAAUAGCAGCACUACAGCAGUUGGUUUCACCAUUUGGGAAGACAGAUACAGCAUCUGUAUUAAUGGAGGCAAUUGGAUACAUCAAAUUCUUACAGAGCCAGAUUGAGACUUUAAGCGUUCCCUACAUGAGAGCAUCUAAGAACCGACCCGCAAAAGCCUCCCAGCUGGGCUCACAACCACAAGAAGGGGAUGACGAAGAGACGAGGGAUCUACGAAGCCGUGGGCUAUGUCUCGUUCCGUUAUCAUGCAUGACUUAUGUUACCGGAGAUGGUGGGGACGGAGGAGGCGGUGUUGGUAGCGGGUUUUGGCCAACGCCACCUGGUUUUGGUGGCGGAACUUAGCCGUGGAAUUAAUUAACGUCAAAACGUAGGAUUAUGAGUACAUUUAUCGGAUUUGGUGGGUAGAAAAAGGAAGAAAUGUUGAAGGUGGAGCAUAUUUGUUCUUUCAUCUCUUUUAAUUUUGGUUUAUUUGAAAGUUUCGGUUUUGAUGGUGGAGCAAAGUUGGUCGUCUUGAUUAGAAAGAAGAAGUAUGCCAGGAUAGACCAGCUUUGAUCCAUUUAUGGUUAGUAAUGAGACUUGAGGAUAUAUAUGUUCUUACUUACAUGAAGGGCUGAGGGCCGGCCGGGGCUAAAUAAAAUAUCAAAUAGCUUUAAUUUGGAUUAUUUUCUUCA